UCUCUCUCUCUCUCUCUCUCUCUCUCUCUCUCUCUCAACAUUUGCAUGGUUAGGGUUUCCAGUUACUUCUUUGCAUGGUUAGAAAAUUCCCACUUUACCUUCCCCCAACUCCUUGGGAUGGAGGUUCAAACAGAUUUCAGGCGUCCGUGAAAGCUCAGGCCGGCAAUGUGUCCAUAGAUUUCAACAAUGUUUAUCCUUCAAUCAUAAUUUCAUGUGGAAAGACUCGACAGGCAGGCUUCUACAGCUUACUUUACGGUGAAAAUCCAUUGAAAAGUUCAUUCACUCUUUUGUUGUUAGAGUUCGCUUUGAUCAUCGUCCUCACACGUAUCCUCCGUGUUCUUCUCAAGCCUCUCAAACAACCCAGAAUGGUCUCAGAAGUCAUUGGUGGUAUAUUCAUUGGACCGUCAAUUUUAGGCCGCAGCGAGAAAUUUACUUCAGUUAUGUUUCCAAAAAAUUCAAAAUUCAUAGUGAGAAAUAUUGGAUUAAUUGGAUUCACUUAUUAUUUUUUCUUGUCCGGAGUGAAAAUGGACCUUUCACUAGUGAAAAGGACAAAUAAGAAACAAUUGUACAUGGCAUUUGCUGGAGUGCUCCUCCCUUUCAUAGUUAUAUCAAUUGUUGCAUUCAGUUUGCGCAAGUCCAUGGACAAAGAACUAGCUAGAAUUUCUUCACUUGGAUUCAUUUCCUCCGGCUUGGCCCUACCGUUGUUUCCUGUCAUCCACGCCAUCCUCAAAGAGCUCAACCUUCUGAGCUCUGAGAUCGGACGUCUGGCAUUGUCGAUAUCGGUGAUCAGCGAUGCGAUUGGAGGGUGUAUAAUAGUUUUAUUUGAGGCAGCUAAGCAAGGUGAGGGCAACCACCUGGCUGUGUUAUGGUACUUGAUUUCUGUGGUUGUUUUUGUGGCCUUCAUUGUGUUUGUGAUUAGAAGGAGUUUGUUGAGAGUUGCUGAGACCACCCCAGAGGGGCAACCAGUGGACCAAGCAUAUGUGGUGUCGAUUUUGUUGGGGGUUUUAGUGAUGGGAUGUUUGGGUGACAUCUCUGGGAUCACGAUUGUAAACGGUGCGUUCUGGUUGGGUUUCGCGAUCCCGGAUGGCCCUCCGCUUGGAUCAACAAUUGUAGAGAGGAGUGAGAUGGUUAUAGUGGAUGUUUUGAUGCCAUUUUCUUUUGCAAUGGUUGGGCUUUCUGUGAAUGUGAAUGCCAUGAGCUCUGUUGGUUGGUCAAGCUUGAGUCCCUUGUUUGCCAUCAUUGCGACUGCCUAUGUGGCCAAGUUGCUUGGAACACUAAUCACUUCUGCCUUCUUUGAGUUGCCACUCAGAGAUGGUGUUACGCUCAGCUUCAUGAUGAUCCUAAAAGGUCAAGUGGAGAUAGUGGUUUUACUCCACUGGAUGGACAAAAAGAUAAUGGCGAUUCCAGGGUUUACAAUGAUGGUGAUAUCCAUCACUACAAUGACUGCAAUAGCCACGCCCUUGAUCAGCAUCCUCUAUGACCCAACAAGGCCAUACAUGGUCCAUAAAAGGAGAACCAUCCAGCACACUCCUCUGGAGGAAGCAGAACUUCGCAUAGUCCUAUGUAUAUAUGAUGAAGAUAGCAUAGCUGCCCUCAUAAACCUUCUUGAAAUCUCCAAUCCAACUCUAAGCACCCCGUUCGUAAUCUUUUCUCUCCAUCUCGUCGACCUUGUUGGCCGGGCUUGUCCUGUGCUUAUGGACCAUGAAAAGCAGGAAGAGCAAGAUUCAAAAUAUGCAGUUUGUCACACAAUCCACAAUGUCUUAAAGCAAUACCAAGAAACCAAAGGUGAGUGUGUUAGGCUCCAUCCCUUCACAGCUAUAGUGCCAAACAAAACAAUGUAUCAAGACAUUUGUGACCUAGCUCUUGUGAAAAAGGCCACACUUAUAAUUUUGCCUUUUCAUAAAGAGGGUUUGGAUACUCUUGGAGGACAAUUAACAGAAAUUGUGAGGCAUGGGGUUAGAUCUGUCAAUUCAAAUGUGUUAGCCCAUGCACCUUGCUCAGUUGGAGUUCUGGUUGACAAGGGUCAUGUCAACCAACUGGCAUUAAGGAACACCGAGCUACAUUUUGCCGUGCUAUUUUUGGGCGGAGCAGAUUCUAGGGAGGCAUUGUGUUAUGCAGAUAGGAUGGCCGGAAAAUUCAAUGUGUCACUGACUGUGAUUCGGUUUCUUUCACACAAUUCUGAAGGUGAUGAUGAGAUGGAGAAGAAGUUGGAUGAUGGGGUUGUGACAUGGUUUUGGAUGAAGAAUGAGAGGAAUGAGAGGGUGAAUUAUAAAGAGGUGGUGGUGAGGAAUGGGGAAGAGACAAUCUCAGCCAUUCAAUCAAUGAAUGAUGAUAAUGAAAAUAAUUAUGACCUUUGGAUUGUGGGGAGGAAACAAGGGAUCAAUCCUGUGCUUUUAUCUGGGCUAUCAUGUUGGAGUGAGAAUGGUGAGUUGGGAAUAAUUGGGGACUAUAUUUCCUCUCUUGAUUUUUGUUGUACUGCUUCUGUGUUAGUGGUACAACAGCAGACUUUGAGAGGGCAAGGGUCAGAUAGUACAAGUGGAAGGUUUGCAUGUAACCCUAGCCCUACUCAGAAGGUGAAGGAUUUGUUAAUUUCAUGGUGUUGGUAACUAGGGUUUGAUAUUUCAUAAACCAGAUGUGUAUUCAUUAUUAGCUAGGUUCAGGCUUUGAAAAAUUGCAUUUGAAAGAGAAAUAGGGACCAGCUGAGGUAGAAUUGAGUUUAGGUGAGUGAAUAAAAUUAGUACUCAUUUGAAUGUUUACUUUGUGAUGUAUCAUAUGUUAAUUACAUGUAUAGAUACUUCAUAUCAU